AUGGGUAUCGGAAAAUAUCGGGGAUAUCGGCAAAAUAUCGGGAAUAUCACACAUAUCAGGGGAUAUAUCGUCGAUACAUGGGAAGAUAUGGCUUUACCCCCAGUAUCGGUGUCGAUAGUUGAAAAUACUGAUAUAUCGGCAGAUAUAUCAGUGUAUCGGCCGAUAUUUCAAUCCUUGCUCCGGCCAACGUUUCAUGCGAGUGAGAAGUUGGAAAAGGUAGACAGUAUCCGAGCCACAACUGAGAAGGUGAAAAUGAUUAGAGAGAAGUUGAAAACCGCACAAGACCGACAGAAGAGUUAUGCGGAUAACAUAUCCAAAGAUCUUGAGUUUUCAGUUGGAGAUUGGGUAUUCUUGAAGCUAUCUUCAUGGAAGGGUGUGAUGAGGUUCGGUAAACGCGGGAAGUUAAGCCCUCGUUAUAUUGGACCUUAUGAAAUCACCGAGCGCAUUGGACCAAUUGCCUAUAGACUUGCCUUAUCUACAGAACUAUCCCGGAUUCAUGAUGUAUUUCAUGUAUCCAUGCUAAGGAAGUACAUGCCUGAUCCUUCUCAUGUUCUGGAGCAUCAACCUGUAGAAUUGAGGGAAGAUCUGACGUAUGAGGAGCAACCUGUGUAG